UCAAUGGUACUCAAAAGUGAAAAAAACAUGAUUUCAUGAAAAAGCCAGUUUUGAUGACAUAAAGAAGAAACCCUCUUGGAGAAAUGGUCAUCAAUGUCUAGUACAAAAAGUUGGGGUGCUUGGUAUUUCAUAGGGUAAAUGUUUGAGUGGGUUUCUGUCAAUUUAUGCCCAUUCUUCCCUUGGGUUAACCAAGCCUGCUGUUUUUCAGGCAUUCUACGCAGUAUGGUUCAUUGAUAUUCGCCGGCCUUGGAAAAGCUGGCCUUUUCUCCUCUGUCUAAACUCUAAAGCAUGCGUGAGUAGGAGAGAAUGCUGUUUGGAGUAUUUGGUUCAUAAGAUGUUAUAAUUCUUCAUGGCAAAGUGGAACUGCUUGUUUGGAUGUAGCAAAAAGCUAUCAACUUGUGAGGCAAAGCCCCAAAAUUUAAGGAGAUGGAGUUGUGGUCUUGGGGGGGUCAAGCAGAAACAGCAUGCCGCGCUUACAGAACCAAACAGAACACUACGUGAAGCAAAAGAAGAGCAGAGAAAGCAUGCAAUGACAGUGGCUGUUGCAACAGCAGCAGCUGCUGAGGCCGCAGUUGCUGCUGCUCAUGCUGCUGCUGAAGUUGUCAGGCUCACAGGUGCUUCUCGCUCCUACUCAUAUCUCUCCAAGGGAAACCGAAACUUGGCCGCUACUAAAAUUCAAAGUGCAUACCGUGGACAUCUGGCCAGGAAAGCAUUCAGAGCACUGAAAGGAAUUAUCAGAUUGCAAGCUAUAGUUCGUGGUCGAGCUGUGAGACGUCAAAUGGGUUUGCGUUCCACCAGAAGAAAGCAGGUAGGAAUCCAGGAAAGCAGUAGUCAUGCUGCAGAUAGAAUUAGCAAAGAUGCUAAAAGUAAGCAGCUUCCAAAGCAGAAAAAGAAGUUGGAAGAUACGGAAAUGAAGGUUAGUAUACAACUAUACAAUAUUAACAUCAACAUGCCAGAAUAA